CACAUUAUUUGAAGCGUGAAGGAAAUAUUAUCUUGAGCGUGGAGAAAUAUUAUUUCUAGCGUGACGGAUACAAGCGUUAAUGUGAGAGAGAUUUGCACACAUUAUUUGAAGCGUGAAGGAAAUAUUAUCUUGAGCGUGAAGAAAUAUUAUUUCUAGCGUGACGGAUACAAAGCGUCUAUUUGAGAGAGAUCCUUACAUGUGGGUUCAGUUGAUUUUACUGUUGAAGUGACAGUCUCAUGAUCUCAGACUUCGACAACAAAAGUUACAAGCAAGGACAAACACGUUUUACAAAGAUUAUAAGCUGAAGUGAAGAUGAUUGGGCAAGAUAUACUUGAAAAGAUAAAAGAAUUGUUUUAUAAGGGUUUUAACUACCGUUUAAUCCAUUAUUUGAUCCAGAGAAACCAUAACUGUGACAUAAGUUAUAAUUGCCUAACAAGGAAAGUUCUACCUAGACUUGGUUUGAAAAGGAGGCUUGCAGACAUUGCUUUUGAUGAAAUAUUUGAUAUUGCACAGAGAGAAAUACUGAAUGGAUGUUCAGGUGCUGAAAGUCUAAGAAGAAUUAUAAAAAUGAAACACCAGCUGAAUAUUACCAGGUCCAUAGCAAGAGAUAUAGUUCGUCUUUUGGAUGAAGAUGGGAUAAAGAGAAGGAAGCAGAGAAGACUGAGAAGAAGGCAAUACUUUAGUAAGGGUCCAAAUUUUGUUUGGCAUUUGGAUGGAUAUGACAAACUAAAGCCAUAUGGUAUAAGCAUUCAUGGUUGCAUUGAUGGAUUUUCCAGACAGUUGAUAUGGCUGGAAGCAGAUGUGACUAAUAAAAGACCGGAGGUUGUAGCAGAAUACUUCCUGAAUGCAGUUCAUACUAUGAAAGGUUGUCCUCAAAAGAUAAGAGCUGAUCCUGGCACAGAAAAUGGGAUCAUCGCAACAUUCCAAACAUUUCUUAAGACAGAUCCAAGUGCAGUGUCUUUUGGAACUUCGACUGCAAAUCAGAGAAUUGAAAGAUUUUGGGGCAUUUUAAGGCUAAUGAAAGCAGAUUUCUGGAUGGAUCAUUUCAAAGGAUUGGUGUAUGAAGAACUGCUGGAAAUAGGAAAUCCUCUACAUAAAUCCUGUAUACAAUUUGUUUAUCUUCCACUGAUAAAGAGAGAUCUAAAAGGUAUAAUGGACCAAUGGAAUACUCAUUCCAUACGAAGACAGAAGCUGGGAGAUACCCUGCAUGGAAUUCCAGAAGUAUUGUUUCAAAAUCCUGAAGUUGUUGGUGCUUCAAACUACUUACAUCCUGUUCAGAGAAACGUUGUGACUGAGUUACAGAGACUUGUCAGAAAUAAUUUCAAGGAGAUUGACGAGGAUUUUGCUUCCGUAGCCUCAUCUAUAUUGAGCCAUUAUAAUUUGCCUUUCCCAGUCAACAUAACUGACAUGACUUGUGCUCGCCAUCUGUACAUUUUUCUAAGCGAGUUUAUGUCUCUUUUAUUGACUUGAUAUAUGAAAUAUCAUUAUAUGUAUGAAUGUAUGUAUGAAGGUAGAUCAUGUAACAAUGUAAUGUCACAACUGCAGUAAAAAUUCCAGUUAUGUAAUAGUUUCUACUGUCAGAUAGUUACAUGUACUGGCUUAUAGCAGGAAGAAAUACUUUGUUCAAAAUCCAGAAAUACUACAGAUAUAUGCCCCCUUAUCUUUUUUUUUUUAACUUUAGAAUAUCAAUUUCAUUCAUUGAUAUUUUCUCUUUAUGUUAGCAAUAUUUUUUUGAUACCUGAUGUAUUAUGUUAUACUUAUUGUACUUCAAGGAUGCUCUGUUUUCAUUUCCA